AUGGCCCUCGAGUCCUUAAUCGGGCCAGUAAUCCUACUCCAAAUUGUUGGGUUGGCUAUUCCAGGACUCGUUGUCUUCAGAAAUCCAGACUCGUUGUCACGCGCAUACCUGCACGGACACAACGCUUUAACGAUCGUGAAAGAUGUGAAAGAUUUUGUGAAGCCCCGAUUUGAGACGAUCGGACAGGAAGAUGCUGAUGCAGUGUUUGUGCUCAAUGGGGAAAGCAACGACAAUGGUGUGGCCUGCACUCAAGCGCAUGUUCCGCGCUUUGAUCUUUCGAAUUGGCUCAACAUGAAAGUGACUCUUACUCCCCUUCGUGCUCAGCCAUUGAAAAAGGACCGGGAUGAAUCUGAAUGCUACAGGAUUCCACCACCCAAGACCUCCUUUGUUGACAAGAUGGAACGCGACGUUUACAUUUAUGAUCUGGGUCCUGAACAGAAAAGCCUGUAUAUCGACUGGUGGCAUUCCGACAUCGGCAUGAAGUUCGUCGGGCUCUGUCCAACCUCAUCGGUCGUUGAAGCAGUGGAAUUUCAUCCCGACCACGGACCAUGCACGGUUGGUGUGUCCAUGAUUCUGGCACGCCUGGGCGCUGGUUUCGAGCAGCCCCAGAGGAUGAUCUUGAACGAUAUUUUGGAUCCGCUUAUCGGACAUAUUCCCUGUCCCGUUCUCGUGAUAUCGUGGCCUGGGUACGGGAAUUCCAAGCAACCACCAGUUCGACCAGGUGGCUCUCAUGAGAAGAUCCCACUGCGACGUCCAUUGGUAAUCAGCCAUAAAACCACUGUCGCGGACCUGGCGAGGCAAGUGGCGGACCACCUCUACGUUUUCUCAGAGAUGUUCUCCGCUUGUUUCAAUCCCACGAUUGCACAUGGAAUUCGCCUAGGCCCCGAGGGUGUCAAAUUCGAACAGCUUCGGCUCGUGAGGCUGUACUCGCUCGACGCAGGGUGCACGUGGUGUGCGGAAGUGGCUAUCGCGUACGAUCUGGUCGUAGAUCGUCCUCCUCCCUCAUCUCAUCUUCAUCCCCCUCUCUCAAACAACAACUUGAACAUGUCUUACGGCGGCGGAUACGGCGGCCAUUCUGGACAUCCCCCUCCUCCCGGCGGCGGCGGCGGCUAUGGGCGCCCUGGCGGAUACGGCCCACCAGCAGGCGGACCCACCGGCGGAGGCGGAUACGGCGGCCCUCCAGCUGGCGGAUACGGCGGUGCUCCGGGCGGUGGAUACGGCGGCCCCCCAGGCGGCGGAUACGGAGGUGCUGGUGCCGCUGGAGGUGGAUACGGGGCCGCAGGCGGACACGCGGGUGGAUUCGCGCCUCCCGGUGGUCAGGGCCCCCCACCUGGUGCAGACCCGCAAUUGUGGAACUGGUUCACUUCUGUCGACGCCGACCGAUCUGGCGCGAUCACCGCGCCCGAGCUUGAACGCGCGCUGAUCAACGGAGAUUGGACUCCCUUCGAUCUUGACACUGUCAAGCUGCUGAUGACCAUCUUCGACACCGAUCGCAGUGGCACCAUUGGUUUCAACGAGGUCUGUGUGGAGGUGCUUCGAGAGUUGCGACCACCCGCUGACACGCGCGCUCAGUUUGCUGGAUUGUGGAAGUACAUCAAAGACUGGCAAAACGUCUUCAAGCACUUCGACCGGGACCGCUCUGGCUCCAUUGAUGGAAGCGAGCUCCGCGAUGCUCUCGCCCAGUUCGGGUUCAACCUAUCUCCGCAUCUCCUGGUCCUGGUCCAGCGUAAAUACGAUCCAAAAGCGACCAACUCUGCUCCCUCGCAUGGAAUGCCCUCGAGCGCGCCGGCCGGGAUCUCGUUCGACCGAUUCGUCCGCGCGUGUGUCGUCGUGAAGCAGCUGAGCGAGGCUUUCGGACGGAUCGACACUGAUCGGGAUGGUUGGAUCCAGAUCGGAUACGAUCAAUUCAUGGAGACUGUCUUGCAGCUGCCUUGAAGGGGCGAAGAUGUAUCGAUAGCCCGAACAAAGAUAGUAACUUCGUGUAGCAACUAUGAUCUCUCUGCUUUCUGUUCACAUCUCGGUUUCGGUCGUUCGAA